AUGGCUUCCUAUCUUUCUUUGGUCUUCGUUGCUGUAUUUGUCACGAUCUUCGGUGUUGUGUCGUUCUUUGUUUACCUUUUCACACCGCCUAGCAACUUCCCCAAGAACAUUCCAACAAUUCCAUUCUACUAUGCUCUUCUACCGCUCUUCAAAGACGUAGAUCAAGCGGAGCUCUAUCGCCGCUACAUGAAGGACCCUCUCGAGAAAUACGGAGCAGUGAAACUUUUUUUUGGUGGACAAUGGAAUAUCCUUGUACGCAAGCCUACGUACAUCGCCGAGGUCUUCAAGUACGAAGAUGUCUAUGCAAAGGCGGGUAAUCAGAUCAAGAUCCCGCAUAGCCUUGUAGCGGAGUACACAGGGGAAAACAUCAUCAGUUCUCAUGGCGAGAAAUGGAAGCUUUAUCAUGGUGUUCUCAAACCAGCUCUACAAGCGGACCAGGAUUCGACCAAAAUUUGGGAGAACUCGAGACUCUUAAGAAACAUGUUCCUGGAUAGCUCGAAGCAAGCCAAUGGUGCGGGUAUCCCAAUCUACGUACCCCUACACCGAGUUGCACUUGCCAAUCUCUCAGACGUAAUGUACGCAUCAAGCUUCGAAACAAUGCAGCGUCCAGACGCACCAUUGCACGCGCUCCAGAUGAAGAUCAAGCCUAUCAUCUUCAAUCCAAUCUUUAUGAAUUUUCCAUUCCUCGAUCACUUGCCGCUCAAGAUGAGACAGCUUGGUCGAGCACUCAAUAGGAACUUUCGUAAUACGUUACGAACCUCGAUCACGAAAGGACACAACCACGUUUGCGACCCCAACAAUCAUAAGAAUGUUGCAUGUAGAUUAAUAGGAGCUCACGGCGAGGGACGCUUAUCCGAUAAGGACCUCGAGGACAAUAUGGUCAGCACAUUCCUGGCCGGACACGAGAACCCACAACUUGCGCUCAUGUCGCUCAUGUAUCUUCUUGGAGCCCAUCCAGAGGUCCAAGAUGCGGUACGCAAGGAGAUCCAGACCCUCUACCCUGCUGGUGCAUCCGGCGAUUACGAGCCUUCCUACACCGAAAUUCAUGACUUGCCACUCUUGACUGCCAUUAUCUAUGAAGGUCUGCGCAUGUUUCCUCCGAUAUCGCAGCUGAUCAACCGCCGUACCACUGAACCUGUUUUAUUGGGUGGCAAAAUUUCAGUACCGAAAGGCGUCUUCUUGGGCUACAAUGCGUAUUCAACCAAUCGCGACAUCGAGUUCUGGGGCACUGACUCGGAUGAGUUCAAGCCUGAACGCUGGGGCAAGAAUAUGAACGAAAUAAACCACCUGUACCGGAAAGCCAACUCUAAGGGUGCUUUCAUUAGCUUCCACGGAGGCCGACGAGCGUGUUUGGGACAGAAGUUUGCCAUGCAGCAGCUUAGAAUUACCAUCCUGGAGUUGGUGAGGCGUUGUAAGUGGAAGGUGGAUGAAAGUUGGGAUGGACGUAUGACCCCGGCCGGGCCCCUCUACCCACGAGGUCUGAAGAUGAAGUUCCUGUCAUUGUGA